UGCCAAGCGCCGAAAUUCUUUGUGGAUACCGUUUCUUGGAGAUUGUAAUGCGGUUGCUGUGAGAGCGGAGUUAUACCAUUUGUCCGAUCGCAAGAUGUUAGGUAGCAACCUGUUUCGUGGAUCUGGCCCCUGGAAUAUUUAAUGUGCCACCAGGAAAGACAAAGGAUCUCACUGGAUGCUCGGUGAACAAGCCAAACUCCAAUCUUGAUGCAAUGCUGAGGACAGUCCCAUGUGAGCCACCACUCCUGGGGCAGGAUCCACGAAACAGGUUGCUACCUAACAUUCUGUGAUCCGGCAAAUGGCAUAACUCCGCUCUCACAGCAAAAGCAUUACAAUCUCCAAGAAACGAUAUCCACAAAGAAUUUCGAUGGCGGGCGGGUGGAGGUUGCUAAUCCUCUAAGCGUGCUCAUUGGCUGCCGGAGUGAUACGUCACUGACUCGACGUCACACGCAAAGCAGCCAAUCACAGGGAGGCUCUGUGUUAUCGUAGAAGAAGUCAAAACAAAGAGACAAUGAUUCACUGACACCGAGGCCUUGACCUUGGUGGAGGAGGUGUAGAAUCCGGGUGCGGUGGACAGCAAAACUGGCACCACAAAAGGGAACCACGCGACUUUGUUUACAAACUUUGAUAAAGCAACCUCUUCUGCCCCUGGUGUAGGGCUGUUCCUCUGAGGCCAUGAACCACUUACUGCUCCUUUGGCAGCGUUCCAUUUCCUACCGCACUGCACUUCGCUAUCCACUCUCCGCCCUGCUGAGCAUCACAUCUCUCAACCUGCCCAGACUCAGUUGUCUUCUCCUCACGGCAAUUGCCUAUCAUGGAGUCCGGAGGAAAUUUAAGGACCUCCGACCCAUGUCAAGCGCAAGGCUGCUGGAGAACAGCGUCACACUGCAGGCACUGGUGGGGGACCUCCAGAUGAGACAACAUACACUGCUGUGGAGUUGGUCAUGCUGUGGAUGUUGUCUCACACAGUAUUUGCAGGACUGCCAUAUCCUGAAAGUGAUGGCGCCACACUGCAAGUGUCAGGGCCUCUAGAAGGACCACAGCCUUCCACCAGCAGUGGUGUUGGAGACAUCCAACCCUCUUCUGCUGGUGUUGCUGGGUCUGCAGGGGCCUCUGGAUUUGACAAUGCUGUGUCAUCUGCACUGGAUGAGAACAUCUUUGUUCAAAUUAUCUAUGUUACAGAUGACUACAUGCAAUGGUGGCCACUCAGACUUGGAAGUUCUCUCUCAAGCACAGGAAACCCAACAGUAGAUUCGUCUGAGCAUGGACGAGCUGGUGAUGGUGCAGCAGGAGCAGGGGCUGGCUGUACAAAACAUGUCCCAGGCACUUCGACAAUCAGUUGAAGUGCAGAGGAACAUUCUGCAUUCAUUGAAGCAGCUGGUAACACUUGCUGAGCACUUCAUUAAUGCCAACACCAGCCAGCAAUAAUUUAUAGGAUUCUAAUGUUUACCUUUCAUAAGUUUACAUUUAUUAAGUUAUUAAGUUAUAAGACUAAGUUAUAUUUCUUUUCUGUAGCGUUAGGUUGUAGCAAUUCUAUCAUUUACCUAGAGCAGCAUGUUAAUGUUAGUGCAAUAUAAUACCAAAGUAUUUCUUCACUGUGAUACCUACAAUGCUUCUGUGUUACUUAAAGUACAAAAAUAAGAUUAGUGUUUUGUGGUGACCUGCUGGUGGGCAUUUCUAUAAAUGUUUAUUUAUAUAUUUAUUUUUUUUUUUCAGGACCUGAACUAUACUCAUAUAUGUUGUUAUAUUUUUUUUUCUUGCAAAGACUUUGGUAACUGGUAACUUUAUUUUAUUUUUUAAUAUAUCUACAGCACUCUUUUGUAUCUAUUUGUGUUAUUCAUACCUAAUACUAGCAAGCCACUUAUGUAUUUGCUGAAUUUAAAUGCUGCACUGAUCUCUUUCAUUUAGUAUGCAGUGAUACAUGGAAAACCAUUAUUUCACUCAUUACAUGAUUACUGACCUCACUUCCUUACUUUCUUUGCCGGAAGAAGUUUUGUAUGAUUUCUUGCCACACAAUUCUGCCUGGGGCAUAUUGACCCCUCUACAGCACAGCAGGGUUGGUAUCAGCAUGGGGCACUGCUUCAUCUUCAAGAGGUGGUAGCUGUAAGCAGACUUUUGUGAGGAUCUGAGAGGUCUAGUGAUUGGAACUAACUGUUCCAUUUGUUUAAAGUUUAUAUUGUAUGAGAGGAAUAGUCAUGUAGUUUGACAUUUAGCAUUUUGAUGAUCCAAAACUAGCCCAAACCAUAAUGACUUUCAAGGCAACUUUGUAGAAAAAAAAAAACAUAUGUUUAUUUUUAUUAAAUGACAGUACACUUC